CAUGAGAUUAUCGAAUCGGCGUGACCUAAUUCACGGCCACCAGCAAGAAGGCGAUCUCCCCAUGGAUGGUGCUUUCCUUUCCCAAUUUUAUUUAUACUGCAGAUUCCUACCCGCGGGAUUACCAUGCCGUUGGUCUUGGCGGGGCCACGAUUGGCAUCGACGUUUAUCCAACUAAAAUCUAGGCAGAGUGUGGGUAGAAUGUAAUUGUAGUCGGUCACUGCGAUCCCCUGUGCCGUCUAUUCGUUCUCUUAGAACAUCCUCUACCUCGUCGUUCUUUCUGGGAAUCCAGAGCCCGGCGAUCACGGAGCCGCGCUAAUCGCUCAAGGAAAAGCAACGGUGGAGGGAGGGAGGAGCAGGGAGUCAUCAAAAGCUCGGCCUUUGGGAAGGAGAGGUGCGGCCUGUCGGAUUCGCGCUCCAAGGUGUCGUCCUCGCUCUCUUGCUUUUGUCGUGGUUUAGUAUGGGUCAUCCUGCCGCGUCUUCCGGCUUUCCCCUGCGCUAAUUUCGGCAUAGCCGGCAAUGCCGUAUGGACAUGGCAGGAGAAACAGUGUUAUUGAAAAGUUUGCUUAUGGGAGAAACAACACGUUAUCAAGGAGAUUAAUAGAUCGGACCAAUAGCCAUACAUGUCCAAAAGACCUUCAACCAGUUAGAUUUGCCCCAACAUGUUCUGAACUAAGGUUACCAUUAUUCACAGUCCUCUUUGUCGACGCUGAUGUGUUUAGGAAGUCAUCAAAUUUCCCUUCUUUUUUGCCAGACACUACUGUUCAGAAAAAAUUUGAUCUACAUUCACCAUCUAAUAUGGAUGGUCACAGGCCAUCGUCUCCGGGACUGUUAAUGGUUGGUCUCCAGACUGCAAAUACAGAAUUUUCAAGGUCAACUUAUAUUUCCAGUGAAGCAAGUAGUUCAGGGAAAAGCACAAAGAAUUUGUCUAGUUCUCUAGCCAGUUCAAGUACUCUUUCUUGCUGUUUUACAUCAGGUAAUUCUUCUGUUUCAAUUUGUGAUAACACAAAUGAAGUUAGCUCAGGUUUCAUGGUUAAUGACUUUCCAAAAGUGGAUAAGAAAGUUAAAAGGAAUUCAAGAAAAAAAAGUAAAAAGAAGGGGAAGCAGUAUAAACGAGUUGCUUCUAGAACGGGUUCAAUUGAGUCUAGUGUUCAAUGCAAUGGAAACAUUUAUAGGGCUUCUGCGUCUGAAACAUCUACCCCCAGCUCUGUUUAUUCUUCAGAAAAAAAUCUCUCAGAUAAUAACUUGUCAGAUGAAGCAACACCACAUAGAUUGUUGGGUACUGAUAUUAUUCUAAACAAGGAUGAUUGUGAAAAUAAUAAUGAAUUUGUAGACUGUCAAAAUUUGUCCUCCUGUACAUCAAACAGUGCUGAGAUGGUUGAUACUGAAACAAUACCUUCACCUGAAACAUUUGCUGGUGACGAUUCAGGUCGUGACACUACCAUUUCUGUUAAUUCAUCCUGCACUACUGAUGAUGCUGCAGUAUUUCCAUUAACUACUGAUGGAAGCGCAAGAGAAGGUCAUUGUAAAGAAAAUAAUAUCCACGAUGGUAAUCCCUUGAACAUUCCCAUUAAUAAAACUUUAGAAUGUUGGAACAGUGACAUUGAUGAGAACUCAAGUGAUGACACUGCAAUGCAGUUACCUGUCAAGGAGGAAAUCGGACCCAGUUCUUCAGAGGGUGAAAUAGUUUCACCUUGCAGAGAGAUUGCUCAUGGCACCUUGACUGAUACAACUGCAAGUUUAUGUGAUUUGGAUGCUGAAAUAUCGAAGGAUUGUUAUCGCAAUAGCACAGAUUUGUCAAAUGAUGUCCUUGAUGCUUAUAGCAGUACUGAAAGAGCUGAUUGCAGCAGCCAAGCUGGGAGCAGCAAUGGCUUCCAUGUAGUUGUAUCUGGGAAGCGAGGUAGAAGAUCUAGAAGAACAAUUGACAAUAGUGGCUUGAGUGGAGAUAAUAGAUCCAGUAAUGCAAAUAUACAUAAUCAUGGGGGCAAAGAUAACUAUUGCUCCAUAUGGCAGAAGGUCCAAAAGUUUGAAAAGGGUUGCUCCAAACCUAAUGAUAGUUUUUCGUCUCCUCACAGAGAGGUUUCAACAAAGGAUAAUAAGAUGAAAACAAAAGGAAAUAAAUUUAUUGAGCCCAAGCAAAAACAAAGUGGAAUAACCUACAAAUACCCUUGUCCAGAUGCAAAUUCUACAAUAGAGGCAACCCAAGUGGUUCCUAGAGGGUCUAAGACAGGUAAAACACUUUUUAAAUCUGCAGUUGGAAAUUCUGUUAAUGAUGUAAAAAGCAAAUCUAAUACAUUUGUUAAACAUGCAAAGCAUAAUCAUUGGAGUGGAACUUACACUGGUAAAACUGAUGUGCCCAAUGGCCAAAAGCAUCAUUUCCAGCCAAAAGAAGGCCUGCAGAAUACACCAGUUGUAAAUAUUAACAAUCAAAAUAAUACAGAAGUAAAAUCACCUCACAAUAGAUUUUUGGGAAGAAGUUUAUCUAAGUUGACAGAUAGUUGUAUGACAGAAAUAGAGAAGGAAACACAUGUUCGUCUGGAGGAUGAAAAAGAGUCAGGAAAUGCAUGUAAUGGAGUUUGUCAUAGUGAAAUUAGCUGUAUUCCAACGACGUUAAAUCAGUUUGCUCCAGGGCACAUUGAAGCUAUUUCUGGAAAUGAUACCAAAAUGUUCUUUAGAGAUACAUUAAGUCACUCUAUUGGAAGUACUGAAGGCCAAGAAUUUGGAAAGCUUGAUUUUGGAAGUCACAAAGAAUCAAACAAUUUGAACAGCACUAAAACUACAAUGCAGAAGUGGGUCCCAGUGGGGAGGAGAGAUUCGACUGUUUCAGAUAUAAACCCUUUAGAGUUUUUAAAGAUUUCAGUCAACAAUAAGGAACUUCAUAAUCAAAUCUACCGUGAAGUUGUUGAAAUGGAUGAUGUAGUAUCAAAUAGUUCAUCAUCAUUGGGUAAGGUUACAGAGUUCUCAUAUGCUAGAGCUAGUGCAUCAACUAACAACUUGAGUUGCUACCAUCAUUCAACUGAAGUUCUUGAUUCAUGUGCUGCAAUCAAUUGCCAAAAUUCUGAGAUUACAGACAACAAAACUCUUGGAUUUGAAACUGAUUUAGAAAAGAUAAUAAUAGCUGUUAAUGAUGCCUGCAAAUUACAAACUGCAGUAGAAGAUGCUCAACUCAUGGCUGGUAGUACGGUUGCUGACUUUGAAAAAUUUCUAUUUUCUGCUUCACCAGUAAUUAAACAAUCAGAACCUGGCAGAACUUGCAAUAGUUGCAAGAAAGAACAACUAAUUGGCUCUUUAUGCUGGCACCAUGCUUAUAAUAUUUCCUUGAAGAAGAUUUGGCAGUGGUAUGAAGAACCUGGUUGCUUUGGGUUGGAAGUAAAGGCACAUGAAAUUUGCAAUUCUAGAAGGCUGCAGAAUGGCCAUUUGGAAUUCACAGCCUAUUUUGUGCCAUAUCUCUCUGCUGUGCAACUAUUUAGAAUGUCUAGGAGUAGCAAAAAUUGUGAUCUAAAUUCUCAAGUGAAUAAGACAGGAAAUUCUUCACAUUCUUUUGCUUCUCUUCCAAGCUUGUCAAAGUUGCUGUCAAAACCAUGUAACAAUGCUGACGUAUCUUCACCAGAGUUGUCAUCUUCUGAUAAAAUUCAGGAUCAGGAGGAACUCAUAUUUGAAUAUUUUGAAUCUGACCAACCUCCCAGGCGCCAGCCAUUAUUUGAGAAAAUCAAAGAACUGGUGACUUGGGGUACUUUAUCUAAUGGUUGCAUAUUUGGAGACCCAUUAAAGCUGGAGUCUACUAAACUGCAAGAUCUUCAUCCUGCUUCUUGGUACUGUGUUGCAUGGUACCCCAUAUAUCGUAUACCUGAUGCAAAUUUCCGUGCUUCUUUUUUAACAUAUCACUCUCUGGGGAAUUUUGUUUGUCGAAGUGAUCCAGAAUGUGUUGAUGAUGCUUUUAGUACUCUAAUCUCCCCAGUUGUAGGUCUCCAGACAUAUAAUGACAAGGGUGAGAACUGGUUUGAACCAAGGGACAUGAGCCCAAAUGUUCGAUCUAGUCUCUGUAUCUCAGAUUUGAUAAAAGAGAGAUUGAGGACGCUGAAGAAAACUGCAUCUACAAUGUCAAGAGCAGUAGUAGCAAAAGGCGGUCGUAGGUCUGUGAACCGCCACCCAGACUAUGACUUCUUUGUAUCACGGAGUUGGUAGAGGUUCCAGAUAGUUUUCGAUAGUUCUGCAACGAUGGUAGAGAAAGCCAACACAUGUUUUCUUUUGUAAAUUUUGCUUCUUUUAUCCGACUCGAGCAGUACCGCAAAGUGAAACAAGGAAAGUAAGUUCUUGGCUUGCUUUUGUUUGUUACUCUAAAGUAAGAAUUGCCCUUUAGUUACAGUUUAACUAGUAGAUGUUACAUUAUGCUGGUUCUAAAGCGUACUUGAUGAGUCGAGCUGACUA